AUUGCCUGGUCUAUAGGUAGCCUUAUGUAAAUGUUAGCAACUGUACUGUUACUUCUCACCAUGGUAGCACCCUGAAAGGCAGCAAUGGUGAGUGAAAUUACUCUGCAUUAAAUUCUAAUAGAUUUGAAGGUCGAAAUUAGCUGGGUCAAAAAUCCCCUCUUGGGCAAGUCACUUAAGCUCUCUGUGCCUCAGUUUUCAUGUUUGCAAAAUCAGACUGAAAAAGGACCUAUUGCACAGGCCUGCCAUGGAGAUCCAAAGAUGUAGCUGGCUCAUGUGGAUUUUUCUGGCUUGCACACUAGGAGCUCAAAGUGUGAGUCUGUAUAUUGUAUUUUGCAAUGUACAGUCACUGCAGUGGAGAGAAGUGAUGGUGAGGUGAGUCCUCUAUCCUUCUCCAUCCCCCUUGCCCUGGCGCCUGUGAAACGGAGCAUCCCCAUGGCAACAGCAGCAGCUGGUCCCUAGAUAAGAGGAGCUGGAGCCGGCCAGCAGCAGCCACUGCUCAGAGCAGCCAGGCCCAGCUUCGGUGAGCAAACGCGCCCUCCUUGUCUCUCGCCUUCUCUUCCCAGCGCCUGCACUGAUUGUGCUGGAGGAGAAAUACACACACACCCUCUUCUUUGAUGAUGUCCACUCAGCGAAUGCAGCCACUGGAGCUCUCAGAAGACAGGCUGGACAAGCUAGAUCCUCGCUGCAGCCACUUAGAUGAUCUUUCAGACCAGUUCAUUAAGGACUGUGAGCUCAAAAAGAAGCCAAGGAAGGGGAAAAAUGCACAGGCCACCCUGAAUGUUGAGUCAGACCAAAAAAAACCAAGGAGGAAAGAUACACCGGCACUGCACAUCCCACCUUUCAUACCAGGUGUGCUUUCAGAACACGUCAUUAAAAGAUACGAUGUGCAAGAGAGACAACCAAAGGGCAAAAUGAGCCCAGCUCUUCAUAACACUGACCUGGAACAGAAAAAGCCAAGGAGAAAAGACACACCUGCCCUGCACGUGUCCCCCUUUGCAGCAGGUGUGACACUGCUCAGGGAUGAAAGACCCAAAGUGAUCACGGAAGAUGACGAAAAGGAUGGUGACAAGAUAGCUAUUUAGAGAUAGUUCCCUUGAGACCCCUUGUAAAUAGGUUAGAUCAGUUCCCUACGGUGACCUAGAGAAAAAAAUAGACUUGUUUCUGUUCUCA